AUGAAGUACAUUUUGGUUCUUUCUGUGGUUUCUGGCGCUCUUGCCUCUCUCAACUGCACGGCUACAGCAAAUGUCAAGACGUACUGCUGCCCAGACGCCAACUCUGAGGUCGUCAAGACAGGUCCCGCAGGUGCCCUCAUCAUGAUGGGCUGCGCAGCCGACAACACCAACAAGAACUGGUACUGGAAUUACAACGGCCUGUACACGGCUUAUUCGACCCAGUUCAAGGACUGCUACCUGAACACUAUCCCCUUCAACGACCUCAAGGGUAAGCCUCUCUUCUCCUCCGUCCUCUCUUCGAGGGAGGACAUCUUGAAUUCGGCGGUGGAAAAGCUGACCUGGGCGGCAUGA